UACAUAUUAUGUUAUGUUGUGGCAAAAAUCACUUAUAACAACUAUAUAUUGUGUUAUAUUAUAGUCGUUGACAUGAUUGUAAUAUUUGGAGAAGCUGCAGAAAUCGUACGAUACGAGUCUCCUCUCUUAUUCUCACUCUCUAAGAUUUCGCCGGUUUUCCUUUCAGGCAGAAUCCUCAAACUAAUAUCGGUAGAUUAAAGUUUUCGUAUUUAUCCUUCUUCCUUCCUGAGAUAUAUGUUGUGCUUUUCAAGAUGUGCACGCAACCUGUUUGUCAUAAGUCCCAACAGAAAAAAUUAUACGAUAAGAUCCAUGAUGGAUGCUACUUCAACCAAAAAACGAGGGUACUUCGAAGACCCAGUUGAAUUUUAUGCUCAACGAGAGGAUGUAAUAUCUUGGACGUCUAAAAUCACUAAUUUGGUAAGAGCAGGUCAGCCAGAAUCUGCUUUUGGCUUCUUCAAGAUGAUGUUCUCAAAUGGGCACAGACCAAAUUAUGUGACAAUGCUGAGUGUAAUAAGAGCUAUUGAUGCAUUGAGCUGGGAUUCAAUGAUCGAGGUGAUGCAUGGAGUAACGAUCAAAAUGGGUUUUGAGUCAGAAGUGGCAGUUUCAACAGCCCUUCUAGGAUUUUAUUCAAUUCGUGAUAUUGAGACCGUCUGGAAAUUGUUUAAUCAGAUUCCUUGUAAAGAUGUUGUUUUUUGGAGUGCCAUAAUCUCAGCUUGCGUGAAAAAUGGUCAGUAUAGUGAAGCAUUUGAUCUUUUAAGAGAGAUGCAAGAUCAAGGAGUUCAACCAAACCAAGUAAGCAUCGUAAGCAUUCUACCUGCUUGUGCUGAUUUUGGUGUUCUAUCUUUAGGUAAAGAGUUGCACGCGUUUUCAAUGAGAAAGGAUUUUUAUUCUAUGGUUGAUAUUCAGAAUUCACUCAUGGAUAUGUAUUCAAAAUGUAGAAUGUUUGAGGCAUCAAUUAAAGUUUUGAAGUUGAUGAGGAAAAAGGACGCAGUAUCAUGGAAAAUUAUAACUCAUGCGUGUAUCCAAAACAAUUAUCCUAGUGAAGUGUUCAAAAUUUUCUCAAGGAUGCGAUCUUUGGGGUUUGAGCUAAGCGAAACGAUGGUGCUGGAUAUGAUAUCUGCAGUAUUGCUAGUUGAUGAACUUUUACUUGGCUUGGCUGUUCAUUGCUAUGCAUUAAAAGGUGGUUUUCUCUGUUUUAUUCUAGUUGGAACUGAACUUCUCCAAAUGUAUGCUAAAUUUGGUGAUUUAAGGUUGGCCAAGCUUGUAUUUGACGAGCUUGUUGACAAAGAUAUCAUUGCCUGGAGUGCAAUGAUCUCAGUUUACUCUCAUGGUGAAGAUCCACUUAAUGCGAUCCAGACAUUUAAAAUGAUGCAAUCAACUAAUGAAAAGCCGAAUGAGAGAACUUUCGUAAGUCUAAUGGAUGCUUGUUCUUCAUUGGGUGCUAAGGAGCUGGGAGAAAGUAUACAAGCUCAUACAAUAAAAUGUGGGUAUACGUCUAAUACACAUUUGAUGUCAGCUUUGGUUGGUUUUUACUGCACACUUGGAAGGAUAAAGCUAGGAGAACAUGUUUUUGACGAGAUUUCAACAAAGGAUUUAAUUUGUUGGAAUGCAAUGAUUAAAGGGUACGGAUUGAAUGGCUGCGGGAACAAGGCACUCAAUACAUUUUCAGACAUGUUAAGUUAUGGUUUGAAGCCUAAUGGGGUGGUCUUUGCCUCUCUUUUAUCUGCUUGUGCUCAGUGUGGAUUGGAAAAGGAAGUUCGGAUGUGGUUUCGUUCAAUGAUUGACAAGUAUGGCAUUACUCCGACAGAGGCACAUUAUGCUUGUAUCGUGGACUUGCUUGUUCGAAAAGGAAAAAUUGGAGAAGCUGUUGAAUUUGUGAAAAUGCCAGUAGAGCCCGAUACAAGAAUCUGGGGUGCUCUUUUAUUGGGUUGCAAAUUAACUCAUAGACAAUAUGCAAUGCUACUAAACUUUUGUGCUGAGGACCAUUAUCAUCUGGUCACCUACUUCCUGGACCUUCUAGCACUGGACAGACGUAUGCAUAGUCUUGCAAUUUUGCAAAGUUCUCUGUUUUUGGUUGGUAAACAGUCGCCCGGCGGGUCACUGCAACCUCUUCUUCCAUGUCAAUUCUGUUAUUGUAUCCAAUUGGAAACUGAUAGAUGCAAGGAAAUUUGUCAGGGCGGAAUUCUUGAAGUGCUUCUUGUCAAUGCCAAAGACAUCAGACACACCAAUCGACUUGGUUCCCCAGCAUAUUACGUGACGGUAGAAUGUGGAAAUCAUGAACAUAGAACAAAAGUAUCCUCAGGCAAACAUGAACUUGCUUGUUGGAAUGAGAAGUUUUCAUUUGAACUCCCCACAUCUGAUUGGAAAAACAUAACUCAUAUCAAAUUCAGAAUCAUGGAAACCAAAUUGCUGAACAACGAAUCCGUUGGAGCAACCGUAAUCCAUCUUGGUGGGAUAGUUUCAGAGGGGUAUGAAAGAGGAUUCAUAGAAGUAAGGCCAGCCCCAUACAACGUAGUGCUCGAGGAGGACAACACUUACAAAGGAGAAAUAAAAAUAGGAUUCAAGUUCUUCAUCAAAGAAGAAAUAGCUCUAAUGGAAGCAAGAGAGUCUAUUGCAGAUGGGAAACUGCAAAGAAAACCGAUCUGCAGCAAAGCUAUGAACUUAUGGAGAAUUGUAUGGUUGAAGUUAUCCUGCUUCAUUGGCCACAAGAAUUCUUCCAGUGAACGAAAGACGCAAUGAAUUGAUGAUUGUUUUCAGUUUUUUAUAUGAGUUGCCUUCAUGUUAUUUGAUGGAUCACGUUGAAUUCAAAGUAGCUUUGAACUAUGCAUUUUAACAGAACCAAUGUUGUUUUGGUAAUUUAACGGUGUAGUAUCAAAGUGCAACGUUGAUGGGCAAUAAAAUUAUGUUAUUUUUUUGGACA